AUGGAAACCACCCAUUCUCCAGCACUAGAGAAGAGUGACACCUCACCAGAAACUUGUCAAUACACAGAACCCACGCCUCCCUCCCACUCUGUCGACAAUGACCUCGAAACACCAUCUUCAGACCACCGCUUCCCCGAGACCGACCUCAGCUGCGGCAUCGUAGGCUGGGACGGUCAAGAUGACCCCGACAAUCCGCAGAACUUUGCUCCCGUUCGAAAAUGGGGCUUACUUGGUCUGAUGAGUGCCAUCACUUUUGUGUCGCCCCUGGCCUCGAGCAUGUUCUCUCCUUCGGCGAGUUUUGUUGCCACUGACUUGGGUGUUACCAAUGAGACCUUGCUGUCUUUCAGCAUCAGCAUCUAUCUAUUGGGAUAUGCAUUCGGCCCGCUGCUGCUGGCUCCCAUGAGCGAGAUCUACGGCCGGCGCAUCGUGCUCAGCUGCGCCAACUGGUUCUUCGUCGUGUGGCAGAUCGGAUGCGCCCUCGCCCCGACCUUGACCUGCCUGAUCAUCUUUCGGCUGUUCGCUGGCGUCGGCGGAUCAGGCUGCCUCACCCUCGGCGCCGGAGUCAUCGCCGACCUCUUCCCCGUCGAGCAGCGAGGACUAGCCACUUCGGUCUGGAGUUUUGGUCCACUGAUCGGACCCGUCGCCGGCCCCAUUGCCGGAGGAUUCAUCGGCGGGACCAUUGGCUGGCGCUGGGUGUUCUGGGUGAUCCUGAUCGUGUCAGGCGCGGUGUCGCUGGGGAUCGAGUUCCUGAACCGCGAGACCUACGCCUCGGUGCUGAUUCGGCGCAAGACGGCCCGUCUGCGCGUGGAGAUGGGCCGACCCGAUCUCCGCAGUGCGUACGACCCGCACGGAGAAGCCGCGUCGAUCCCCCGGACUCUGGCGACGGGUCUCAAGCGGCCGAUUGUGCUCUUUGUGAAAUCGCCGAUUGUUCUGUUGCUGUCCACCUACAUGGCCCUCGUGUAUGGUCUGUUGUACCUCUUCUUCACGACCAUCCCGACCGUCUUCAGAAACCAGUACGGGUUCUCGACCGGCUUGUCAGGACUAGCGUAUCUCGGGAUCGGACUUGGGUUCUUUCUCGGGCUGCUGUCAAUUGCCCUCACGAACGACCGCAUCAUGCUGAAAUUGGCCCGGCGCAAUGGUGGCAAAUUCGAGCCCGAGAUGCGUCUGCCCGCCAUGAUCUUCUAUGCGUGUUUCCUGCCCAUUAGUUUCUUCUGGUAUGGCUGGACCACUGAUAAGCAUGUCCACUGGAUCGUCCCUAUUAUUGGGAUGCUGCCGUUCAGUUUUGGCAUGAUGGGUGUCUAUCUCCCCAUCCAGACCUAUAUCAUUGACUGCUACCCGGGGUAUGCGGCGUCGGCCAAUGCCACGCUGACUGCAUCGCGGUCGCUUGUGGGAGCGUUGCUUCCGCUGGCUGGGCCGAAGAUGUUUGAGAGUCUCGGGCUUGGCUGGGGCAAUUCGCUGUUGGGCUUUAUUGCCUUGGCGUUUGUGCCCGUGCCGGUGUUCUUUUCGCGAUGGGGCCGAGUUAUUCGGGAACGGUACUCGGUGCAGCUGUAG